GGCGGCCACUGAACUGGGCAUCCUCAAACGCGGCCACGGUGCAGGGAUUGCGCUAAUUGACAUGUUGCAUACAACCUGCAAACCUAGUCUAAGCUGCACCGAGAAAAAUUAUCGACCGUGUAAAAGCGCCGGUGAUGGCGGUGUAUACUUCUCAUUCACAAAAAACAUUCAUUCAACUCCUGAAAGUAAAAAGAGUGGAUUCCCCUCAGGAUGUGUGAAAGUGGAUAAGGAAAAGGGAGGGUAGGAGCAGUAGGAUUGAAACUGCGGCAGUUCCACGCGCCUUCAAAGAAGAAAAAAAAAAGAAAGUGAAAGUGAGAAAAAAAAAAGUAAAGAAGAAUAAGGACAGAGAGUUGUAGUGCCAUGGAUACCAAGUUGGAGGCUCGUGGCCAGUUUCCGGCCUCGUUUCCGGACACGUUUAAGAACUUCUUUGCGAUGAUGAACGAAGACGAGGAUCAUGUGGGGCUGUUUGCCAAUCUGCUGGAGGAUAAGGUGAUUCCGCGCCAGAACAGCCCCGUGCAGCCACAGCGGCAGCGGUACGGCGGCAGCAUGCGGAGUCACAGCGGCGGCGACCGCAGCGAUCGACGGGAUCGAUCCGAUCGUGCGGAUCGGCAGUACUACCAGCAGAUCCAGAAUCAGCAGCAGCAGCAGCUGCAACCACAGCAGAGUUCCCCACAGCAACGCGCUUUUCAGCCGCGCACCCGCAGUGGCAGUGGCAGCAGCAUUGACCUCUAUGCCAACCGAAAUGUAAGUUUCACAAUCAACCCCGCAAACCGGGUCGGUUCGCUGCGAAGGAACCGGUCGCGAGGAUCGCUGACCCUGAGCAGCAAUGGGCUGAACGCCCUGGGGCUGGGACCCGUGACCCUCGCGCCCAACGUCAGCUCCAGCAGCAGCGGCAGUGUCCUGGACCUGACCCUGCCGGAUGCCCAUGUUGCUGGUGGGACAGGUGCAGGUGUGGCAGCUGGUGGGGCAGCUGGUGGUGGAGCAGGUGUUGGCGCAGGUGGUGGCGGACAGAAUAUGUACGCACCACCUUCGAAAACGCACCUGAAGCCGGCCUUGAAACAGCCCAAACCGCCGGCGGAGCAUUGCUGUGAGCUCUUCUUGGGCGACGAUGAUCACUUCAAGUUCUGUUGUCUUCAUCAUGAUCAUUCCACCGAGGGCCUGCAGAAUCUACAGCAGCAGCUAAAGCAGCAGCAAAAAACCAAUCCCGGCCAGAAACACGUGACCUUGGCCUGUUGCGAGUGCGUUUAUGGCAGUGGCAAGGUGCCUCGAUCGGGUCCCGAUGGCGAGGACAAUUGUGGGGCGACCUACCCGAAGGGAUAUGCACUCGGCGGCUGUGCGGUAACGCCAGCACUUAAGGUCCAAUUGGACAAUUCGAGCACCAUCACAUCCGCCGAAUUGGCAGCCUCGAAGAACAAGGAUCUGCAGGAGCGACAGGAGCGGCAGGAGAAACGCGGAUCGGUCAUACUCGAAAGAGCCUUCGAUUUCGAUGCCAGCUGCGACGAGAGCGACAGCAUGAGCAGCGGCACCCACGGUCCAGUGCCCUCGCCCGCUCCCCACCAGCCGGCCUACAAUGUGCUGAAGCCGAUCCUCAAGCAGCCGCAGCUGCAGCAGAAGCCGAUGUUGCAGCAGCAGCAUCAAGGGGCUGCCCACCAGCAACAUCAAGGGGUUUCCCACCAGCAACAUCAGGUAGUGACCCACCAGCAACAUCAAGGAGUGACCCACCAGCAACAAAAACAGGUGACCCAUCAGAAACAUCAAGGGUUGACAUAUCAGCAAAAUCAACAGGUCACCCAUCAGCAGCUUCAACAGAUGGCCCAACAGCAUCACGGAGUAACCCACCAGCAACAUCAAGGGGUUACCUAUCAGCAACAGCAACACCAACAGGUGACCCAGCAGCAACUUCAUGGAAUUGCCUAUCAGCAACAUCAAGGAAUUACCCAUCAGCAACAUCAAGGAAUUACCCAUCAGCAGUACCAGCAGCACGAAGAUGUGAUCCAGCAGCAGUACCAACAGGCUAGCUUGCAGCAACAUCAGGGGGCAAGUUACCAGCAACUGCAAGGGGUGAGCCAUCAGCAACAGCCUCAGUUGAUCCAUCAGCAGCCCAUGAUGCAGGUGCAACUUCCGCCCGCCGUGCAUGUGGGGCACCGCCUGUUGCCGACUCCGCCCACCCACAGUGGCUUGGGGGCGUACCACACCCGUGAGACGACCUUGCAACGGGUGCAGCAGCAGAGCGGCUUCUACAACCAAGGCCCCAGCACUUCGGCAGCCGCAUACGGUUAUGCUCAGUCCAUGGAGACGCAGCAGAUGCAACAGCAGUUCCAGUACGAUCAGGAUCUGCAGUUCGAACAACAUCAGCCACUUCAGCAGCAUCAGCAGCAGCAGCAACAUCAGCAGCAGCAGCAGCAGCAGCAUCAGCAGCAGCAGCAGCAACAUCAGCAGCAGCAGCAACAUCAGCAGCAGCAGCAACAUCAGCAGCAUCAGCAGCAACAUCUGCAAUUUGAGCGGCGGCAGCAACGUCAACAAUUUCAGCCGCUUCAGCAGUAUGCGGACGAUACUGAGUUGGAUUACGACUCGGAGUGGGAAACAGAUGAGGAAUUGGUCCACCAAGAGGCACCUCCGCUCUCCACCUUCAACGAUUUUCUCAACGCGGCCCAGAAUCCAACUGGGAGUCGUCAGAGUCUGCGGACCCAGAAGUCCCCGAUUUUGAACAGACGUCGCGCCUCAUCGAUAGCUGGAAAUUUGUUGCACUCGGACUAUACUUACACCCGGAACAGUAUCGGCGGAGCUCCAAUUGACUCGGAUUUUCAGCGCAUUUCGCACAGCAGUAGCGCCAGGGACCGCAUGUCUCAGGCUGGAGUCCUGACUUUCCAGCAGGCCAUGUCCGGAGCUGUGUCACCACAAUAUGGCACUGUGGGUUCGCUGAAUCCCCCGAACACCUCCGGUGAAAAUAGGGCGGAUACCUUGGGCAACGGAGGAGGUUUGCCUGGGGGAUCUGCGCACAAUCUAAACUUGACCGUGGGAUUGGGGUUUCUCGGUGGAUCAAGCACCACCUUGGCUGCUGUCGCCGAGGUGACUAGUGGACCGGAUGGCAAUGGCGACUCCACCGACUCCAUAUCUCCGGUCUCCAUGAUCCCGGGCAAACAGCAGCAGCAGCAGAAGCAGCAACAACUGUUGCAGCUGCAGCAGGAUCAGCAGCAUCUGCCCACCCAUUUGCCAAUGAAGCGGGAGAGGGGAGUGGGAGAGUCCUCCGGAGCCAGCACCUCCGGCACCGCCAUCACCGAACUGGCCGCCUCCGUGGUCCUGGCCUCCCAAUCCGGAAAACCCAUGACCGACAGACAGCGUUUGAGGACCUCCAGCAUGCCAGCGGAAAGUCGCAGGCCUCGUUUGGCCGAAAUGCGGCGCUCGGCGAUUCAUACCGGCGAUCCGGACAUGACUUACUACCGUUUGCGCAGCUUCAGCAUCACUUCCCAUGGAAUUUGCAACUUGGGCGAUUCGCUAAGAAGCCGCAGGUCACGUUCGAUCAAUUCCGUGACAUCCACGGGCACUUCAAACAGCGGCGUGGAUCGACACAAUAGCAACGCAUCGGGGGCAUCGGGCGAAGUCAUCGACGGGGAUCCGAAUGUCCCGGCCUACAAGAUUGCCAUGCUCGGCGGCUCCGGAGUGGGCAAGACCACCCUGACCUACCAGUUCACCACUUCCGAUUACAUAUGCGCCUACGACCUGAGUCUCGAUGAUGAUUAUGGACAGAAGACGGUGUCGGUGCUAGUCGACGACAUUGAAACGGAUUUGGAAAUUAUUGAUCAUCCCGCAUGCGAGAUGUCGACGGAGGCUUUUUGUGCCACCUACAACAUCGACCUCUUCGUGGUGGUCUAUUCGGUGAUAGAUCGAAAUACUUUCGCAGCAGCCGAACGUGUACUGCAGUAUCUCAAGGAGAACGAGAUGCUCUUGUCCCGCGGAGCUAUUUUGGUGGCCAACAAAACGGAUCUGCAGCGGCACCGCGUUAUCACCCGUCAAAUGGGUCGCAAGGUGGCCAAGGAUAUCGCUUGCAAGUUCAUCGAGACCUCGUCUGGAUUGGAUCACAAUGUGGACGAGUUGCUGGUUGGGAUUGUGGCCCAGGUGAAGCUCAAUCCGCAGCGAUUGCGAUUGCUAACGGAGUUGGAGUUGCAGCGUUUAAAUCUGCAGAGUACCAUUCAGAAGCAUCGUGGCAUGCACUUGCAAUCACGUCGCAUGGUGCGCCAGAUGAGCAUGUGUCAGGGCGACGAGGAGAUCUUCGAUGGCGGAUUGCAGGAGCAAUUGCCGAACGGCGACGCCAACGAUCCGGACGGAGUGCCGGGUACAUCGAGCUCGAGUCGAUCGCGCAUCGAGAAUCCCAAUCGCAAGCCCUUGAAUUUGGAGAGCAUACUGAAGAUGGGCGAAAGCGAAGUCGACGAGGACGAGGAUGUCCCGAAGUCGACGCAGUCCGUCCAGCUCAGCAAAUUCAAUAUGCUCGCGGCCACUAUUCGUCAUCGGCGUCCGUUUCGCAAGCGUCGCUCGUUCGACGGCGGCGUUACCACAUCUGCGGCAGCGGAUGCCGCCGCCGAGCUGCAGCGGCGGUAUCAACUCCGCGCCCAGGAUGACUUGCUGUUGGAGCAACGGCAGCAGGGGAUGGCGGCGGAGGAGGAUAGGAUCGGCGGUUUGGCGGACGAUGGCGAGGAUGAGGAGGGAGAAGGUGGCGGAGGAGGUGGAGGAGCGGAGUUCGAGGGACGGCGGGGCACCUGCAAUCGCAAGGUGGUCAAGAAGUUGACCGCCCGCACCAAGGUAUUCAUCUCGUCGGUGCUGCGGUUCAAGAAGUCCAUCAGCCUGAAGCGCCGCAACUCCUCCAGCUGCAGCGAUCUCUUCGUGAUUUAAGCGGCCGGGAGGAGCAAGUAUUGGGAGUAGGAAGUAUAGACUGAAUGUAUAUAGAAGGGAAGACACAAGAGGAGCAGGAGGAGUGAUUCAAGGAGAACCGGAGUACCAGGAGAGCAGGCACAAACAAACAGCAGCAGCGCAAACCGAGAUGGAUUGGAGCACGGAAGUGCAGGGAGUGCAGGGUUUAGAGGACGUCGUUAGAUCAUGAGGAAUUUUUCAGUCCCAUUUAAUGUACCACGAAAAAUACAGGGACAUCAGCCGUUGAAACGAUCAGCGGUCUAGAUUUUGCACAUUUAGAUGGCAACAAGCAAAUGCUACCAAUAUUUAGAGCAAACGCUUUUUGCCAAGACAAACUCUAGAGUUUUCAAAUCACUUAAUAAGGUGGCCUAAGGAAACUAGAACGCCGUCUUUCGGCAUUUAUCCACCAUUCUAAGUAAUUUUACAUCUCUAGAAAAUCCCAUUUUACAAACGCAAGAGCUAUUGGCAACGAAAUCUCAAGAGUUUUACAAUCACUUAAGAAGCUGUCAAAAAGUAUGCUUUAAAUAACAGAACAUCGUCCUUCGUUAGUUAUACUUGCGACUUUCGAAUAAAAAGUAUAUCGUAGACCACUUUUGGACACUUUUUUAAGUGAUUUCUCUCUAGAGAAUUCCGUAGGACCCUCAAACUAAAGAGAAACUUAUCACCGGAUCAACAAAAAAAGAAAAAAAGAAAAACAGAAAAAAAAACCCACCCCUCACAACCGGUAGGUGGCGCUGCAAUUGCGGACAAUAAUUUUCUUUUGACAAAAUAUAUUGAUGAACAAAUUUACAAAGUCAAAAAUCCAAAAAAAAAAAACAACGGCUAUAUCCACGAUUUAAGCAAACUAAAUCUUAUCCGCCAAAAAAUUAAAUAAUGCAGCAAAAAGGAUCAACAAAACAACUGGGGCUUAAUUUAAGUGGCACACACACUAUGUAGAAACAGUAAAAAACUGCAAAGGCAAUAUAUAAAGAGAUAUGACAUCAAAUUACAUACACUUUAUUUUGUUAUUGCGUUUUUUUCGUGGUUUCUUGUCAUAAUUGAACGCGUGGUUUCUGGCGAGUUUCAAAUAUGUAAAGAAUGGACUUCAUUUAAUCAAGAAUAGCUGAACAUGAAAAGGUAGCAACAAAUGUGUAAGAACCGUGCAUAAAAUGGAAACGAUUUUUUUUCUUGACACCAAGUCAAGCAUACGAAUAAAAAAAAUAAAUACUGGCAAAGAAAACAAACAAAAAAAAUCAAACAAACAAAAAGAGCAGUGCAAAUUGCUCCACAGAAUUGCAAACUUUACAACCUUUUUUAUGCCGGCGCGCUUUUUAAUGAAAUUCGAUUUCAUGUCGCCAACGGUCCAGCUUAAAUGCUCAAAUAUUUAAACAAAGAACUCCUUUUACAAUGUUGGAUACAUUAAAACAUUAAAAUAGAUUCUUUUAGAUUUGUAUUUCUUUGUGAUAGUCUUAUAAUUGAUUCUUUUAAGAACCUUCCAUUAUUGUAGGAAUAUAUGGUUUUUUCAAUAUGUUCAAUUUACCUUAAUUACCUAACCUUAAUUAACUAACUAUAAAUGCAAUGUGAGAGCUUUUUGUAGAAUUUGCACCGUUUUAAAAACUGCUCGUUUGGCUAUUGCUGAACUACGCUAUAUUAAAAACAUAUUUGUCUAGCGCGAUUGAUAAAUAACAAAUUUUUUGAAGCGCUUUUAAUCAAAGAACAUAUAAUUAUUUUACACUUCUAAAUGUUGUGUGGUUAAAGAAUACCGAAAAAAAAAACAAAAAGUCUUCAGCACUACAAACACAAAUACAGAACAAAAGCUUAGAUGCAAAAAAAAAAACAUAAUUGAUGUGUACCAGGUCAACCCGAGUGCGAAAUCCUUGUGUAUUUUUUUUUUGGGUUCCUCAUAAUAUGUAUUAGCUUAGUUGGUAAAAAACCUUCAACUACAGUGAAAUAUAUGAGACAAUGUUACGGACAAAGUCAAACAAAGAAAACUUGUAAAAUGAGUGCAUCACAUAAAUGUAAGCACUAUAUAAAGGAAUCCAAAACAAUGAAAAGAAUUAAGAAAGAGGAGUAUAAUUGGCCAGACCUGGGCUGCAAACAACACACACAAUAUUCAAUAUUACCAACUUAUUAAUGUAUCAAGCGAUAGCAUAAAGCAAAAUCAAUGGAAAAUCACAACUAUUUAUAUCAGUUUAAGUCGUUGAGGGCAUGUUAGAAUGGUAAAAUAACCUCCACGCCCCCAAAGUUAACCUGCCUCCCUUUUUAAUUCCGGCGGUCGCUGGAACUCAAAGCAGUCGAGUAAAAACCAUAAUGAGCUUAACCAAAGCCUGCAAUACUGUGGCAGAUCUAAAAAAAAAAUGCCAUGAAAAUAUGGAUGCAGAAGAGUGGUCGUGGAAAUUGCUUCACGGCUAACACAUUUGCAGGCUACGGAUAAAAAAGGUUCUUUGGGAAAAGGAAAAUUUAAAAGAAAGGAUUUAUUAUUAUAAAUUAAGUCAGUUAAUCAUGAUUUAAAAAACACAAUGGCUAUAAUUUUAUUGUUUGUCAAUCGAAAUUGUAAUAUUUAUUUCAAGGAAACAUUUACUUUACAAUCUUUAAUUGUUUUAUUUUUCACUUUGGCACAUUCUUUCCAGGAAAACAUUCAACAUACCCGUUUAUUUACUUUUAAUUGACUGUAGCCCAAUUAGGUAAUUAACAUAUACUUUACGUGUUUCUUUUUGAGAUGGUUAAUAUCUUCGUAGGUUUUGAAUGGAACGGGAAAGGCAGGUUAAAAUAACCGAAAACAAAAAAGAACAAAGAAGCUUACACAUUUUUUUGGGCUGUAUGCACAAGCGACAGCAACAACAAAAGACUUUUGGUAAACAAAGUCAACCAAAAGAAACUUAAACAAAUUGAAAAAAUGAACACACUGAGCUACAAAAAACAACACCACCCCCCCGCCACUCACAUACUCACGUCAAACAAUUGAAAUGCAGUCAGAGAAUGAAGAAUUGUAUUGCUCAAAUCGAAAAGACGUUGGACGUAUUUUGGGGAAGAAAAAAAGAAUUUGACUUCUUUGGCAAGUAAGUAGUUGGCCAAACUCCGACUAAAAGGGAAAAGCCAUAAAUGGACAAAUAAUUACAAGUGAACGGAACAACGAAUUGUGAAUGACCUACGGUGGGACGUUGAAUGCAAGUGAAACGAUCACAUAUGAUACAACACUCACCACACAAAGAUCCAAGUCCCUUUCGUCGAUUUAUCACCAAGUCAGCAAAUGUAUCUUACUUAACCCUUUACGACUAUACUAACAGCUGUGUUUCAAAUAACAGUCUUCUAUUUUGGCCAUUUUAAUUGCUUUAAUAUUCUAAUUUUACCUUCUAAGAACGCAUUGUUUGCACCCACAAAACUGUUUUGUUUACAAUACAAUUGCUUGGCCUAUACUCUCUCUUAAAAGUUUUCAAUUUAGUUAUUUUAUGCACAACCUUAACUAUAACUGCAGCGUUACUAAAAAGUACUUAAAGUCCUGUGACCUGGAUGCUUUAGAAAUGGAAUAAGCUGGAUGAGAUUUAAAGAGGAAUGCAAAUCGAAGGACAUAAAGCUGGAUGGAUGGAGAGAAUCCAAAGGCCUAAAGACACUCAGACUUGGCACACUCAACGGACAGAAUCACUUCGGUACUCAAUCCACUACCUACUACUUCAAAAUCGAGACUGAUUUUACUGCUCCCGCACACAGCACACAAAAUAUACACACAUCCCAAAAGUCAGGGAAAAACAGAAACCUUGACAACCUGAAUUUCCAUUUCCCCAAACCCAUUUCGCAUUGCUUCACUAACACGAUAAAUUAAGAUUUACAAAUUAUUGAACCUAUCGUUUGGAUGGGGUUGCAUAUACAAAACUACUUAUAUAAAAAUAUAUCUUGUAUGGAUUAUAUACCCCUAUUAUACAUAUAUGUAUACAAAAUAUAUACGAUGGAAUAUUUACACACAAGUUUUACUCCGUGCCAUUUGGGUGCGAUAAGUUAAGUUGAACCAAACUUUAUACGAAUUUCGGACAAGUUCAGCGGCAUUUUUAUGGGAAUCCAUUCGACUAAUGUUUAACUUGUUCUUAUAUAUCAUUUGAAUGUGAUACGCGAACGGAGGUUUAGUUACAGAAGAGAAACUGGAGUCUACUACCUUUCUGCUUUUUAUAGUUUGACCAUCCCAAUUUCACUCCGUUCGAAUCAAAUCAAGAAGCAAGAGAAAAACAUUUGAAUUUUAACCCAGCAGAGAAUUCACUUUUUUGUCUUACAAAAUUGUUUACAAAUCAAAAGAUACUGUAGUUGAUUCUAUUAUACACGAAUAUACACGAUAAAUACAAUUUUUUGAUGUACGUUAAACAUUUAUUAACAUUUAUAUAUGUGUUGGUGUGCAAGAAGACUCUAGCCUGUAAGUUUUCCCGUAGUACCCAUAUGCGUAGUACCCAUAAUUACAUAUAUACAUAUAUAUAUAUAUAUACCUACUUAUAUUGAACGACAAUUUGCUCUUUCCCGAAUUAUUUUCAUGUGAUUUAAAAGAUUCCGAGCAAAGCAAUUGAUUUAGGUAAGCAAAGGCAAAGAAGGUUCCAAGUGGAUAAAUAUAGCAAACCACAAUUUAGUACGCAUGCAUAAACGCAUUUGUAAUUCUUAAUUUUUUUUGUGAAAUAAACGUUCAAUCAAAUUGAAUGGUCACUUUUUACCAUCAAUAAAUAUUUUACUCUAUGUGUACAUUCAAUUACAGCUUAUAUCUGCAUUAA